AUGGUGGAUAUAACGGAAUCCUUGCCAACCAAUCUACAGCUGAAGACGUCGAAGAGCAGACUCAACAGCCCCCGGCAUAGUCACAGUGCCUCCGGAAGGCCUCGGAUUGAUGCUCCCGGCGUAGCAAUAUUGUCCAAGGAGCGGAGAGACCAAGUACGACGAGCCCAGAAAAGGCACCUGCUUAAACAGAAAUCAACAUUUGAAGAUGCAGUGUCCCGGCUGUCAGAGGUAGAAGCACAGCUGGAGAGAGCCAGAGGUGCAUUUUCCAACUUCUACAGACUAGCCUACCUGUUAGGGUUGGACGUUAGCCACCCGAGUCCUCAUAUACUUGUUGAAAAGUUGCGAACGGUUCUGGAUACGUCUGAACCGUCCCAGUCGGCGGGGAAGGAGGGUUUAAAGGGAAAUACUAUUCCAGCUGCUGUUGUGACUAGCAGGGAUCGUGAUUUGUGUGAUGUAUUGGCGGCUCCUAGACAUCGACCCCCGAAUGAGUCAUCCGCUAUCUUGCUUAUUGAAAAUUCGGGCGAGCUUUAUAGUCCUGGAUUCCAUUACUCUCCAAGUGAGACAUCUUCUGACCCACCAUUCAUCGCUCAGGAGACUCGGGACAAAGCACUGACUCUCAUCGACGAGCUUGAAAGACCUCUCAGCGGCAUUCACCACAUCACCUACAGCUUUCAAGAACACACCUUCGUCCGAAAGCUACAUCGAUACUGUCUAGAAUACGCCUUUCGUCUAUUCACCGACCCUUCCUCCUCUCCUUCCACAACUUACCGCGUCUUCAGACUCGUGCCCUGCAUUCGGGACAAGAAGAAGAAGUACCCUUAUUUCCAUAGACUGGUUACUGGAAGAGCUCAUGAUACGCUUGAGCUCCCUACUCUCCCUUUCUCUUGUGUUGGCGGUGUAGGAACCCACUACCCUCGGACAGACGACUCAGGAAGACAAAUAUAUCCCUCGAAUAUGCGGUUGCCGAAGAGGGUAUUAGGUACCUUGCCUAUUAUCACAAGCGUCACGUCAGACGACCCUGGUGAAGGCUCUCAAAGGCUAUUCGAACUCUUCGGCCUCGGGGGUGAGUACUUCGAUUGCACUGAUAUUGAGGGAUAUCUUCGAGGCCGUGGUGUAGACCUGAAUCAGAGCUGUCUGUUCCCUCUAGUGUCGAUCCUAGGGAACGAGGGUAUACCAUACUAG